AUGGUCCCUCGGUCGGUUGAGGUCGCCGCCCUCCUCGUGCCUCUUCCCAACGUUCCCUCGGCGGUCGAUGCCGUCUGGUCCGCCUCCGCCGUCCCCGGGCAGGCGCCGCUAAGCACGUGCGCCAUUGUCGCUCUAGGCGGGUUCUCAUCUUCCUCGGUCCAUUGCUGCGCGGCUUUCCGCACGACUGGACACAGCGGGUCUCGCUUUAGUGCCGCCCUCCUCGCCGCGUCCCUCGCGGCCUUACAGACGAGGCAGCCCCUGAGUUCGCUCCUCGUGGCGGCGCCCUAUGUGGCUCUUACGUACAAACCCGCACUCUUCUUUUGGUUCACGAAAGACUUGCGUCCCGCGACUACGCGCCAAAAAGCACGCAAGUGCCCCCAGCCUCGGUCGCUCCGGGACGGCGCAAUGCCGCAGGGCCCGGCAAAGGAGUUCCUCUUCAUCGGGGAGGCGAUGGUCACAGAGAAAAAUGGAGUCAAGGAGAUCAAGGAGGGAGCCUGCGUGCUGGAUCUUUGCGCCGCGACGACAUACCAUCCGCUUGUAGCUUUGACGGCAACCGAGGAGAAGUACUUGGCCAUCUGGAGCGGAGACUCAGUCGAAUACAAGCCCGGGCCGUCAAAAAUGUUUACCAGCCCCGACGGCAUGUGCCCCUUGACUGGCAAGAAGGUCGAGCUUUGCGAUAAAAUCUCGCUGCCUACGGCGCAGCAUUUUGUCGUCGAGUAUAUGGGUGCCACGCCUACCACCGUGUCCGGCCCUGCUCUGUACAUGCCACCGGCGGGCAAGAAGGUCGCAACCUUCAUGUGGACCGAUCCGAUGACGGGAAAGGCAAAGUCAAAGCCCUUCACCACAUUCUUCUCGGGCGCGCAAACGAUGAAGAUCCUAGUCAAGGAUCUGCCGGACCGGCUGGCGGGUGCUGUCGAUGUUGAGUUCAUCGUCUUUUUGUCGGACAAGGUCGUGCCAGAUGCGAUCGGGGAGCUCAUCGCGUACAUAAAGUCGGACGCGGAGAUAUGGCUGGCGAAGGGCAACUCGUUCCUUCCGGGUGUCAGCAGCAGCGGCGGCGGCUACCUGUGGAACAAGACUGGCCAAGCCGGCUCGGCAUUUGGCUUCGUCGUGACGGACGUCAUCACCGCAUCUGUCCAGACGCCCGACUUCAACAGCAUGACGCCAGAGGCACAACUGGAGCUUGCUGCGCUCGCCAAGAAGUUGAAGAUCGAGACUGCGCUCUCUGGUAUGCUCGCCAAGCAAGAGAUCUACCUUGCGGGGGAGUACGCGCGCAGUCAAAACCAGGUCAAGGCCUACAGCGAAUAUGCCGCCGCGGAGAUCAAGGCUAGGGCUCGAAUGGCGGCUUUGGCGAAAGGAUCGGGCGGCUCAGAUACCAACUACCACAAGAUAGUGAGCAUUGGGCCUCCGAUGCUCAACUUUGUUGCGGCAACAAAGACGUCUCUCAAGUUCAUCCACAUCACCAAAACGGGUGGCACGACAAUCGAGAACCUCUUCAAGCAACACGGGCAUGCAGUUGGACGGUUCCACAGCGAGUACGGGAGAUGGCACGAGCCUUUUGGCGACAAGCCCACGAGCCUUCGCACCAAGCACGACUGGUUCACCGUCGUGCGCGACCCGUAUGAGCGAGUUCUGUCCGAGUUCCAUUGCAAAUACGCCGGGUAUGGCGGGAGCCUUUUGCAAUCCGGGCUGCACGGAGCAUUUAUGGCCGGUAUGGCAAUGCUCGAGUCGUCUGGGCAGGGUGGACUGACAGUGGGGGGCGCCAACCGAUUCAUCCGUCGCCAGAUCAAGCAUCGAGGGAAAGGGCUAGACUGGCACUACAUGCCGCAGUAUGUCUAUCUGACUGCAGCAUCCGGUGUGCGCCUGCGUGUCAUCCGUUUCGAGCACCUCCGGGAGGAGUUGAACCGGCUGCUUGCCGAGUACGGGCUGCCCUUCCAGCUGGGCGGCAGGCGCGACAACGCCGCAUUGGGACAGAAGCGCUUGACCGUCGAGGAUCUGGAUGCAGAGACGAUCGCUCUCAUCAACCACGUCUACCGCCGCGACUUUGAGCUCCUCGGCUACCCACUCCGUGCCCCCAAGCUGAGCCGACCCGCCGCCCCAGCCGAUGCGCCCAGCCGAGCCAUCGCACGCAGUCUCGCCAAGACUGUCAGCGACCUCAACGGGCGGAACGAGGUGUGCGAGAUGCUCAAGCGCCUCAUCGACGAGCAAGACACUGACGCGAGGCGUGAGGUCAUCCGGAGAUCCACAAGUUUUAGGGCAUAG